AUGGACCUGAGUGAGCCAAGUGGUUCAGCAACUCCAUCUUCUUCGUGCUCUCUUGAUAAUGGUGGGCAUAGUCCAAGUGGCCAAAGUGAGUCACCAGCCUCUCCAGGAGUUGAGAAUAUUUCCCCAGAUCAACUUCCCUUUAGUAUUGGAGUGUGUGAAACAAAUCCUUAUGGCUGUCCUCAUUGUGAGAAAGCAUUUCCUCGCCAUAGUUACCUAAAGCUACAUGAACAGGAACAUGGAGAACUGAUGCCAUUCCGCUGUAGCUAUUGCAGCCGCCUGUUCCGACACAAACGUAGCCGAGACAGACACAUCAAGUUACACACAGGGGACAAAAAGUAUAAGUGUUCACAGUCCACUGUUUCUUUUUUCUCUCUCUCUCUCUCUCUCUCUUUACCUUCUUUCCCUUUGUUUCUUUUUACCUUCUUUUUUCCCUUUCUCUCCUUCUUUUCCUCUUCUUUUUUCCCUUUCUCUCCUUCUUUUCCUUUCUUGUCCUUCUUUUCCUUUCUCUCUUUCCUGUCCUUCUUUUCCUUUCCCUCUUUCUUGUCUUUUUAUCCUUUCCCUCUUUCUUGUCCUUCUUUCCUUUUUUAUCUCUUUCUUGUCCGUCUUUCUUUUUUUCUUGUCCUUCUUUCUUGUCCUUCUUUCUUGUCCUUCUUUCCCUUUCUCUCUUUCUUUUCCUUCUUUUCCUUUCUCUCUUUCUUUUCCUUUUCCUUUCUCUCUUUCUUUUCCUUUUCCUUUCUCUCUUUCUUUUCCUUUUCCUUUCCCUCUUUCUUGUCCUUCUUUUCCUUUCCCUCUUUCUUGUCCUUCUUUUCCUUUCCCUCUUUCUUGUCCUUCUUUUCCUUUCCCUCUUUCUUGUCUUUUUAUCCUUUCCCUCUUUCUUGUCCUUCUUUUGCUUUCCCACUUUCUUGUCCUUCUUUUCCUUUCCCUCUUUCUUGUCCUUCUUUCCUUUUUUAUCUCUUUCUUGUCCGUCUUUCUUUUUUUCUUGUCCUUCUUUCUUGUCCUUCUUUCCCUUUCUCUCUUUCUUUUCCUUUUCCUUUCUCUCUUUCUUUUCCUCCUUUUCCUUUCUCCCUUUCUUGUCCUUCUUUUCCUUUCCCUCUUUCUCGUCCUUCUUUUCCUUUCCCUCUUUCUCGUCCUUCUUUUCCUUUCCCUCUUUCUCGUCCUUCUUUUCCUUUCCCUCUUUCUCGUCCUUCUUUUCCUUUCCCUCUUUCUCGUCCUUAUUUUCCUUUCCCUCUUUCUUGUCCUUAUUUUCCUUUCCCUCUUUCUUGUCCUUCUUUUCCUUUCCCUCUUUCUUGUCCUUCUUUUCCUUUCCCUCUUUCUUGUCCUUCUUUUCCUUUCCCUCUUUCUUGUCCUUCUUUUCCUUUCCCUCUUUCUUGUCCUUCUUAUCCUUUCCUUCUUUCUUGUCCUUCUUACCCUUCCCUUCUUUCUUGUCCUUCUUACCCUUCCCUUCUUUCUUGUCCGUCUUUCCCUUUCUCCUUUUGUUGUCAUUCUUUCGCAUUUAUCUCUUUCUUGUCUUUCUUUCCACUUUAUCUCUUUCUUGUCUUUCUUUCCCUUUUACCUGUUUCUUGUCUUUCUUUCCCUUUUACCUGUUUCUUGUCCUUCUUUUCCUUUCCCUCUUUCUUGUCCUUCUUUUGCUUUCCCUCUUUCUUGUCCUUCUUUUGCUUUCCCUCUUUCUUGUCCUACUUUUCCUUUCCCUCUUUCUUGUCUUUUUAUCCUUUCCCUCUUUCUUGUCUUUUUAUCCUUUCCCUCUUUCUUGUCUUUUUAUCCUUUCCCUCUUUCUUGUCCUUCUUUUCCUUUCCCUCUUUCUUGUCUUUUUAUCCUUUCCCUCUUUCUUGUCUUUUUAUCCUUUCCCUCUUUCUUGUCUUUUUAUCCUUUCCCUCUUUCUUGUCUUUUUAUCCUUUCCCUCUUUCUUGUCUUUUUAUCCUUUCCCUCUUUCUUGUCCUUCUUUUGCUUUCCCUCUUUCUUGUCCUUCUUUUCCUUUCUCCCUUUCUUGUCCUUCCUACCCUUUCCCUCUUUCUUGUCCUUCUUACCCUUUCCCUCUUUCUUGUCCUUCUUACCCUUCCCUUCUUUCUUGUCCUUCUUACCCUUCCCUUCUUUCUUGUCCUUCUUUCCCUUUCUCUCUUUCUUGUCCGUCUUUCCCUUUCUCUCUUUCUUGUCCGUCUUUCCCUUUCUCUCUUUCUUGUCCGUCUUUCCCUUUCUCUCUUUCUUGUCCGUCUUUCCCUUUCUCUCUUUCUUGUCCGUCUUUCCCUUUCUCUCUUUCUUGUCCGUCUUUCCCUUUCUCCUUUUAUUGUCAUUCUUUCGCAUUUAUCUCUUUCUUGUCUUUCUUUCCACUUUAUCUCUUUCUUGUCCUUCUUUCCCUUUUACCUGUUUCUUGUCCUUCUUUUCCUUUCCCUCUUUCUUGUCCUUCUUUUCCUUUCCCUCUUUCUUGUCCUUCUUUUGCUUUCCCUCUUUCUUGUCCUUCUUUUGCUUUCCCUCUUUCUUGUCCUUCUUUUGCUUUCCCUCUUUCUUGUCCUUCUUUUGCUUUCCCUCUUUCUCGUCCUUCUUUUGCUUUCCCUCUUUCUUGUCCUUCUUUUGCUUUCCCUCUUUCUCGUCCUUCUUUUGCUUUCCUUCUUUCUCGUCCUUCUUUUGCUUUCCUUCUUUCUCGUCCUUCUUUUGCUUUCCUUCUUUCUCGUCCUUCUUUUGCUUUCCCUCUUUCUCGUCCUUCUUUUCCUUUCCCUCUUUCUCGUCCUUUUAUCCUUUCCCUCUUUCUCGUCUUUUUAUCCUUUCCCUCUUUCUUGUCCUUCUUUCCUUUUUUAUCUCUUUCUUGUCCGUCUUUCUUUUUUUCUUGUCCUUCUUUCUUGUCCUUCUUUCUUGUCCUUCUUUCCCUUUCUCUCUUUCUUUUCCUUCUUUCCCUUUCUCUCUUUCUUUUCCUUCUUUCCCUUUCUCUCUUUCUUUUCCUUUUCCUUUCCCUCUUUCUUGUCCUACUUUUCCUUUCCCUCUUUCUUGUCUUUUUAUCCUUUCCCUCUUUCUUGUCCUUCUUUCCUUUUUUAUCUCUUUCUUGUCCGUCUUUCUUUUUUUCUUGUCCUUCUUUCUUGUCCUUCUUUCUUGUCCUUCUUUCUUGUCCUUCUUUCCCUUUCUCUCUUUCUUUUCCUUCUUUCCCUUUCUCUCUUUCUUUUCCUUUUCCUUUCCCUCUUUCUUGUCCUUCUUUUCCUUUCCCUCUUUCUUGUCCUUCUUUUCCUUUCCCUCUUUCUUGUCCUUCUUUUCCUUUCCCUCUUUCUUGUCCUUCUUUUUCUUUUCCUCUUUCUUGUCCUUCUUUCCCUUUCCCUCUUUCUUGUCCUUCUUUUCCUUUUCCCUCUUUCUUGUCCUUCUUUUCCUUUCCCUCUUUCUUGUCCUUCUUUUCCUUUCCCUUUUCUUGUCCUUCUUUUCCUUUCCCUCUUUCUUGUCUUUUUUAUCCUUUCCCUCUUUCUUGUCCUUCUUUUCCUUUCCCUCUUUCUUGUCCUUCUUUUCCUUUCCCUCUUUCUUGUCCUUCUUAUCCUUUCCCUCUUUCUUGUCCUUCUUACCCUUCCCUUCUUUCUUGUCCUUCUUACCCUUCCCUUCUUUCUUGUCCUUCUUACCCUUCCCUUCUUUCUUGUCCUUCUUACCCUUCCCUUCUUUCUUGUCCGUCUUUCGCAUUUAUCUCUUUCUUGUCUUUCUUUCCACUUUAUCUCUUUCUUGUCCUUCUUUUGCUUUCCUUCUUUCUCAUCCUUCUUUUCCUUUCCCUCUUUCUCGUCCUUCUUUUCCUUUCCCUCUUUCUCGUCCUUCUUUUCCUUUCCCUCUUUCUCGUCCUUCUUUUCCUUUCCCUCUUUCUCGUCCUUCUUUUCCUUUCUCCCUUUAUUGUGUUUCUUUCCCAUUUAUCUCUUUCUUGUCCUUCUUUUCUCUUUUAUCUCUUUAUUGUUCUUCUUUAUCUUUCUUGUCCUUCUUUCCCUUUCUCUCUUUCUUGUCCUUCUUUCCCAUUUACUCUUUCUUGUCCUUCUUUCCCUUUUACUCUUUCUUGUCCUUCUUUCCCUUUUACUCUUUCUUGUCCUUCUUUUCCUUUCUCUCUUUCCUGUCCUUCUUUUCCUUUCUCUCUUUCCUGUCCUUCUUUUCCUUUCUCUCUUUCCUGUCCUUCUUUUCCUUUCUCUCUUUCCUGUCCUUCUUUUCCUUUCUCUCUUUCCUGUCCUUCUUUUCCUUUCUCUCUUUCCUGUCCUUCUUUUCCUUUCUCUCUUUCUUGUCCGUCUUUCUUUCUUGUCCUUCUUUCUUUUCCUUCUUUUUCUUUCUCCCUUUCUUGUCUUUCUUUUUCUUUCUCCCUUUCUUGUCUUUCUUUUUCUUUCUCCCUUUCUUGUCUUUCUUUUUUUUUUCUCCCUUUCUUGUCUUUCUUUUUUUUUCUCCCUUUCUUGUCUUUUCUUUUUUUUUUCCCCUUUCUUGUCUUUCUCUUUCUUUCUCCCUUUCUUGUCUUUCUCUUUCUUUCUCCCUUUCUUGUCUUUCUUUUUCUUUCUCCCUUUCUUGUCUUUCUUUUUCUUUCUCCCUUUCUUGUCUUUCUUUUUCUUUCUCCCUUUCUUGUCUUUCUUUUUCUUUCUCCCUUUCUUGUCUUUCUUUUUCUUUCUCCCUUUCUUGUCUUUCUUUUUCUUUCUCCCUUUCUUGUCUUUCUUUUUCUUUCUCCCUUUCUUGUCUUUCUUUUUCUUUCUUUUUCUUUCUCCCUUUCAUGUCCUUCUUUUCCUUUCCCUCUAUCUUGUCUUUAUUUUCCUUUCUCCCUUUCUUGUUGUUCUUUCCCUUUCUCUCUUUCUAGUCCUUCUUUCCCUUUCUCACUUUCUAGUCCUUCUUUCCCGUUUACCUGUUUCUUGUCCUUCCUUCCCUUUCUUGUCCUUCCUUCCCUUUCUCGCCUUUUUUCCCUUUCUAUUACCUUCCUCUUCUUCUUUCUCUCCUUCUUUUCCUCUCUUUCCUUUUCUCUACCCAUUUAACUUUCUCUUAAUUUAA